UUUUCAGGUAAAGAAGACCUGGGAUUUUGAGUGAAGGUGAUUCCGCUCCAAGAUGGCUAAAAUCACACUACUUGUGGUUCUUCUAGUGAGUGUUCUCCCUGCGAUUGCAAGGAAAGAUCAAAGUUACAAGUGCAACUUUCUGGAGUCCAAUGGCGACGGGGCAUACGUCUUUGAUGAUAAGCAACUGAACGGGGGAAAGUUUUCAGUCUCCUUCAAUGUAAUUGCGAACAGAGAUGUUCGUAUUGCGCUAUCGCCUAUUAAAGAGGAACACAACAGCAUGAUUGUCAUAUCUAUUGGUGGACCCAAUAACGACGACUCCACCAUAGGAAAGUCGGAUGGUACGAUAUUAUCCGAGUACCUAAUGACAACUGGCUCCCGGGAGAGUGAACUCCAAUGCUUGACAACUUGCAUGAACAACUACUGGAUCUGCUAUGAAGAUAACAUGCUCAAUGUUGGACGGGGCGGUGAGAUCGAACCGUUCCUAAAGUACUCUGUCGAUGCGGCAUCGUCAUUCGAUCCAGGGUAUGUAGGCUUUUCGACAGGAAGCGGCGUUGGAAUGUUCGGGAACAUCCAAGCCUAUGAAUCAUGCGCAGAUCGACAAGAGAACCCAACAAUGACAUCAACACUUCAACCAAGAAGCUGUGCAACUAUUGACUGCGGGGACGUGACGUGCGAAUGGGGUUUCAAGAAAAAUGCCGAAGGAUGCAUGACUUGUGAAUGCAAAACAUCUCCAUGCAGUGGGCUGACGUGCUCUGAAACGUGUGCAAACGGCUACGAAGUCGACGACCAUGGUUGCUUUACGUGUGACUGCAAAAGUGGACCAUGUGACAGUCAGCCCUGUCAGAAUGAUGGAUACUGCGUUUCAGAAGACGCUGAUGAGUAUCGAUGCAUCUGCGUAAACGGUUUCACUGGAACAAAUUGUGAACGAGAUGAGGUUCCGCCAACAAUCGAGUGUCCCGCGAAUAUGGAAUUCAACACGGACCAAGGUUCCGCAUUUGCUACAGUCACUUACGAACUUCCCGAGGCUAGUGAUAAUGACGGAGAGCCGAGUAUCGAAUGUAUCCCAGACUUCCUAACAUUGGGUAUAGGCGCAAAUACAAUCAAAUGCAAAGCCGUUGAUGCAGCCGGAAAUGAAGCUAGCUGUGAAUAUACGAUCACCGUGAAACAUGCCCAGUAGACAUGGACGUACCGACAGACGAAGGAUUGCCUACUUCUUCCUUUGAUUUGGAAAAUCCAACAGCUACAGAUAAUGACGGCGGCGAACCCUCAGUUGUAUGCACCGCUGACAACAGCCCUAUGGUACUUGGUGAAAACACAAUUACAUGCACAGCCACUGAUUCUGGUGGACUGUCAGUGGAAUGCUCGUACACAAUAACCGUAAAGAACGCUUAUCUCAGGACCGAAACUCUUAAUGACCGAAGCCCAACAAACAUAUAUGAAGAACCGCCAAAGAUGACAUGCCCAGUAGACAUGGACGUACCGACAGACGAAGGAUUGCCUACUUCUUCCUUUGAUUUGGAAAAUCCAACAGCUACAGAUAAUGACGGCGGCGAACCCUCAGUUGUAUGCACCGCUGACAACAGCCCUAUGGUACUUGGUGAAAACACAAUUACAUGCACAGCCACUGAUUCUGCUGGACUGUCAGUGGAAUGCUCGUACACAAUAACCGUAAAAGAUGAAGAACCGCCAAAGAUGACAUGCCCAGUAGACAUGGACGUACCGACAGACGAAGGAUUGCCUACUUCUUCCUUUGAUUUGGAAAAUCCAACAGCUACAGAUAAUGACGGCGGCGAACCCUCAGUUGUAUGCACCGCUGACAACAGCCCUAUGGUACUUGGUGAAAACACAAUUACAUGCACAGCCACUGAUUCUGGUGGACUGUCAGUGGAAUGCUCGUACACAAUAACCGUAAAAGAUGAAGAACCGCCAAAGAUGACAUGCCCAGUAGACAUGGACGUACCGACAGACGAAGGAUUGCCUACUUCUUCCUUUGAUUUGGAAAAUCCAACAGCUACAGAUAAUGACGGCGGCGAACCCUCAGUUGUAUGCACCGCUGACAACAGCCCUAUGGUACUUGGUGAAAACACAAUUACAUGCACAGCCACUGAUUCUGGUGGACUGUCAGUGGAAUGCUCGUACACAAUAACCGUAAAAGAUGAAGAACCGCCAAAGAUGACAUGCCCAGUAGACAUGGACGUACCGACAGACGAAGGAUUGCCUACUUCUUCCUUUGAUUUGGAAAAUCCAACAGCUACAGAUAAUGACGGCGGCGAACCCUCAGUUGUAUGCACCGCUGACAACAGCCCUAUGGUACUUGGUGAAAACACAAUUACAUGCACAGCCACUGAUUCUGGUGGACUGUCAGUGGAAUGCUCGUACACAAUAACCGUAAAAGAUGAAGAACCGCCAAAGAUGACAUGCCCAGUAGACAUGGACGUACCGACAGACGAAGGAUUGCCUACUUCUUCCUUUGAUUUGGAAAAUCCAACAGCUACAGAUAAUGACGGCGGCGAACCCUCAGUUGUAUGCACCGCUGACAACAGCCCUAUGGUACUUGGUGAAAACACAAUUACAUGCACAGCCACUGAUUCUGGUGGACUGUCAGUGGAAUGCUCGUACACAAUAACCGUAAAAGAUGAAGAACCGCCAAAGAUGACAUGCCCAGUAGACAUGGACGUACCGACAGACGAAGGAUUGCCUACUUCUUCCUUUGAUUGGGAAAAUCCAACAGCUACAGAUAAUGACGGCGGCGAACCCUCAGUUGUAUGCACCGCUGACAACAGCCCUAUGGUACUUGGUGAAAACACAAUUACAUGCACAGCCACUGAUUCUGGUGGACUGUCAGUGGAAUGCUCGUACACAAUAACCGUAAAAGAUGAAGAACCGCCAAAGAUGACAUGCCCAGUAGACAUGGACGUACCGACAGACGAAGGAUUGCCUACUUCUUCCUUUGAUUGGGAAAAUCCAACAGCUACAGAUAAUGACGGCGGCGAACCCUCAGUUGUAUGCACCGCUGACAACAGCCCUAUGGUACUUGGUGAAAACACAAUUACAUGCACAGCCACUGAUUCUGGUGGACUGUCAGUGGAAUGCUCGUACACAAUAACCGUAAAAGAUGAAGAACCGCCAAAGAUGACAUGCCCAGUAGACAUGGACGUACCGACAGACGAAGGAUUGCCUACUUCUUCCUUUGAUUUGGAAAAUCCAACAGCUACAGAUAAUGACGGCGGCGAACCCUCAGUUGUAUGCACCGCUGACAACAGCCCUAUGGUACUUGGUGAAAACACAAUUACAUGCACAGCCACUGAUUCUGGUGGACUGUCAGUGGAAUGCUCGUACACAAUAACCGUAAAAGAUGAAGAACCGCCAAAGAUGACAUGCCCAGUAGACAUGGACGUACCGACAGACGAAGGAUUGCCUACUUCUUCCUUUGAUUUGGAAAAUCCAACAGCUACAGAUAAUGACGGCGGCGAACCCUCAGUUGUAUGCACCGCUGACAACAGCCCUAUGGUACUUGGUGAAAACACAAUUACAUGCACAGCCACUGAUUCUGGUGGACUGUCAGUGGAAUGCUCGUACACAAUAACCGUAAAAGAUGAAGAACCGCCAAAGAUGACAUGCCCAGUAGACAUGGACGUACCGACAGACGAAGGAUUGCCUACUUCUUCCUUUGAUUGGGAAAAUCCAACAGCUACAGAUAAUGACGGCGGCGAACCCUCAGUUGUAUGCACCGCUGACAACAGCCCUAUGGUACUUGGUGAAAACACAAUUACAUGCACAGCCACUGAUUCUGGUGGACUGUCAGUGGAAUGCUCGUACACAAUAACCGUAAAAGAUGAAGAACCGCCAAAGAUGACAUGCCCAGUAGACAUGGACGUACCGACAGACGAAGGAUUGCCUACUUCUUCCUUUGAUUGGGAAAAUCCAACAGCUACAGAUAAUGACGGCGGCGAACCCUCAGUUGUAUGCACCGCUGACAACAGCCCUAUGGUACUUGGUGAAAACACAAUUACAUGCACAGCCACUGAUUCUGGUGGACUGUCAGUGGAAUGCUCGUACACAAUAACCGUAAAAGAUGAAGAACCGCCAAAGAUGACAUGCCCAGUAGACAUGGACGUACCGACAGACGAAGGAUUGCCUACUUCUUCCUUUGAUUUGGAAAAUCCAACAGCUUCAGAUAAUGACGGCGGCGAACCCUCAGUUGUAUGCACCGCUGACAACAGCCCUAUGGUACUUGGUGAAAACACAAUUACAUGCACAGCCACUGAUUCUGGUGGACUGUCAGUGGAAUGCUCGUACACAGUAACCGUAAAAGAUGAAGAGCCCCCAACUGUUGAGUGUCAGGGAGAUAUGACAGUGUCUGUACCCUCCAAUGCAUUAUGGGUAAUCCCAACUGCGGUUGAUAACGAUGGAUCGAAUGUUGCUGUAACCUGCAAUCCAUCUAAUCCAGCCUCCAUGGUGUAUACAAAUGGCGCCAAUGUUAUCACAUGUGAAGCAUUAGACACCGCCGGUAACCGGGGCGAGUGCAGCUUUACAAUCAUUAUGGUACCCGAAGAGUGUAGAUUCCCAACUUUGUCGAACGACGUUAAUAAAUACGUAGCGUGUGCAACACCACUUACUGCGGACGGUUUGUCUAAAAUAUGCUACCGUUUGGCCGAGGCAAACGAUUACAAUGUAUUCAUAUCAAUUUGGAACGAGCAGAGCGAGACAGGAUUUAUGCCAGGCAUGAUAGAUUUAGUGCAUCAUCUUUCUAAAGAUAUGGUCGGUGGUGACACGACUGCAAGUGGUCCAGUCAGUGGUACCAAAUCUACACCCGGCUUCGGCGAUGGUGAACAGAGCAUGUGCAUCACCAGGUUUCCAUCCAGUGUCGUGAUCUCGUUCAAUGAUGAAGAGCUCUGGACUGUACCAUUUGAGCCAGAAGAAGAGACUGAAAUCGGUUUUGCAUCUAGCGACGAUGCAGAAUGGAUCGUGCAACCGUCCUAUGGACCACAAGGAGCGAGCCGGCGCCGUCGAUCAGUGGCUGAAGAACCGAACUCUCUGAAAAAGGUCACAACUAGACGUCGCAGAGCAGCAGGUUCACUAAGGAGCGGUGGGGGUCCGGGCUGGGGAGAUCAGAGUGAUGAGAAUGGUCUACUAAGAGUCAUGUUCAACAAAGUCAACAGACGCCGACGUUAAGUGCAAGAAAACGAACAAGUAGGAUUGAAACCUCAAAAUGGACAUGGUGACGAGGGCUAACCUGAUUUUCUUCACAUUUCGUCUGGACACUUUUUUCCUGUGUUGCUGUCGCUGCGGUUAUUUUCAUAGUUGACGGAAAUAGCUGUCACGGAAUAAAUCUCGCGUAUACAAUAAU